AUGGAGAGUGCAAAUCUAUCCACAGUGACUGAAUUUAUCUUCACUGGAUUCUCCCAGCUCCAAGAUGGUGGCCUUCUGUACUUUUUUCCUCUACUUUUCAUCUACACCUUUAUUGUCAUUGGGAACCUAUUGAUCGUCUUUGCUGUGAGGCUGGACACCCGUCUGCACAAUCCCAUGUACAGUUUCAUCAGCAUCUUCUUGUUUCUAGAGAUCUGGUACACCACAGCCACCAUCCCUAAGAUGCUGUCCAACGUGGUCAGCCAUCAGAAGACCAUCUCUUUUAUCGGUUGCCUCUUGCAGAUGUAUUUCUUCCACUCACUGGGAAACACUGAGGGAGCCUUGCUGACUGUCAUAGCCAUUGAUAGGUACAUCGCCAUGAAGCCCCCGCACUACCCGACCAUCAUGACCCCCCGACUGUGCGCACAGCUCUCUGUGGGCUCUUGUGUCUUUGGCUUCCUCAUCCUUCUGCCUGAGAUUGUGUGGAUUUCUACCCUGCCUUUCUGUGGCCCCAACCAAAUCCACCAGAUCUUCUGUGAUUUCACAACAUUAUUACAUUUAGCCUGUACGGAUGCCUCAGUGAUCUCAGUGCAAGAUGUGAUUCAUACUCUGGCCAUUCUGAUAACAGGCCUGAUUAUUUCUCUUUCUUACAUCAGAAUUGUGGUUGUGAUCCUGGGGAUCCCUUCAAGGGAGGGCCGUAAAAAGGCCUUCUCCACCUGUGCUGCCCAUAUUGCUGUCUUCCUGCUGUUUUUUGGCAGUGUGGGCCUCAUGUAUCUUAGAUUCUCUGCUGUGUAUAUGCCAUUCUGGGAUGCUGCCGUCGCUCUGACCUUCUCUGUCCUUGCUCCCUUUUUCAAUCCCAUAAUAUACAGCUUGAGGAAUAAGGAUAUGAAAGAUGCUAUUAAGAAACUCCUCUAA